GUUCACGCGAGGUUUCGGCUGUCCUAGUCCAGCUGCAGCGGGCGGGAACGCUCUUUUCGACGUGGUGGAGGAGGAGGACGCUUGUGUUUGCGUGGGGAACCCGGUCUGGUGCGACCAAACGGUGGGGGCCACGGAAAACUGGGAAAGGCAGAGAGAAAGUGAUGGCUCAAUCAGAAGGGAACUCUGUUGACUGCAUGACACCUGAUAGAGCUGACGACACUGGAAACCACAGUGAUGACUCAUCUGAAAGCUUAUUUAAAACACAGUACAUUCCUUUACCCACACAAAAGCAAAGAAACCCUACUGCAAAAUGUGUCAUUUCUCCUGGGAACGUUGAAACUGACUCUUCAAGUGACUCCUCUAUAGAACCAAGGCCUUUGACAUUAAAGGCCAUUUUUGAAAGAUUUAAGAAAAAGAAACGGAAAAAGAGGAAAUACAAGCCAAAGUUGAGACCAAGGGAAAGACCACCUGGAAUAAAAAACACUAGAAACCCUAGGAGGUCACAAAUAGAUGUGAAACAAAUUAAAGACAAAGGAGCUGUGUUUCCAUUCUUAGAAUCUGAAAAUGGAAGAAAACCCUUACCUUGGAAGAAAAUUUUAACAUACGAGCAAGCUGUUGCAAGAGGAUUUUUUCAUCACAUUGAAAAACUCAAGUAUGAGCACCAUCUUAAGGAAUGUUUGGAACAAAUGCAUGCUGGGGAAGAUUUAGAAAAGGAAGACUUUGACAGCCGGAGACACAAGUACAUGGAUGAUGAUGGUCCUCUUUCUCCCAUUGAUGAGCCAUUAACAGAAGAUGAGGCAACAAAUCCUGAGUCUGAAUGUGAUAUCAAAUUGGUUCAAAACAGUUGCUUCAUAAUAAGCUCAGAAUUUCCAAAGAGAAAUUUAGAACAAAAGAAGACUAAGAAAGAAUCUACAUUAUCUAAAAAUAACUAAGGGUAAAGAUACUGCACAAGAGAGCACGCGGAAUGGCCUGGGAAUGAGAUGUACAUCUGACUUGUCCGAGAAGGCUUUAUGAAGUCAGAAUUGAAGAUACCCAUGAAGGGAUGUUUGUUUCAAUGUAGUAAGUGUCAAUUUGUAUCUUCAGAGUUGUGUGAAAGGGGAGUGCUACAGCCUUCUGUAAAUCCUGGAGGAUGAUCAAGCAUGCAUAUUUAGAAACAGUAUGGAAUGAGAAGUUUAGCAGGAUAAUGCAAGAAUAAACUCUGAAGGCUAUAAGGCCUUCAGUAUAUACCGAAGUUAUAUACUUACUGCAGAAAUUUGUAACAUUAUUCUCAAAUACAUUUAGUAUAUGCCAGGCAGUGGUAGCACAAACCUUUAAACCCAGCAUUCUGGAGACAGGCAGGCGAAUUUCUAUGAGUUCAAGGCUAGCCUGGUCUAUAAGAGCUAGUUUCCUGGACAGCCAUUGCUGGACAGAAAAACCCUGCCCUGAAAAGAAACCAAAAUAAAUAAGUAAAUAAAGUAAUAGUGUAUGUGUACUGGUGAUUAGAACAGUUUGGUGAAGAAUUCUUACCAUGUGGUGAAACUGAUUAAUAUUUGAGAACACAGCUUUCUAAGAGCCUAACCCUGUUCUGUGUUGACUUUUUGUGAUUUCCUUAAGCUCCUAUUUGUAGAUGUUCAUAUGUAAGCUUCACGAUGAUUGCUUUUUGAGGUCUAUCCCGAUGGGGCUUCCCCAGUAGCCACACAUCGUUGGAAACGCCUCAUAUAGUAACUUGUGGUUGCUUGACUCACAGGGCUGCUCAUGGUUAGGUCUGUGAAAGGAACUACAAGACAUCUAAAAAGUUUGAAACAAUAAUAUAUCACCUUUUCUUUUAAACUUCAGGCCCUGGCGUGCCUUCAUAAUGAUUAGUAUGUUGUUAGGAAUGAGUGAGCAGAACUCUUCAAACACACUGUCCUAGGAGUUGGGAGCAAGGAUCAAGUUGGAGACCAGCCUGGGGAACAGGGAAACUUGCUGAGUAGGUGGCUCAGUAAAGAGCCAUCUGGCCAGUUCAGAACCAUUGUAGCCAUGAUAGCCGAAUCUGGGAACUCUGGCUUCAUUGAGAAACAAUCAACCAGCAGUGUGUGCAGCCAAAGAGAAGGUACAUUUAGCCAGUUAAUGAUUUGGGCAAUUUUCAGUGAGAAUGGAAUGUUGCAUAAACUGAAGAGCUGAAAACCCAUACAGCCUCCUUCUUAACAUGUGGAAUGCUUGUGUUACUUAGAGGAGAAAAUGAUAAAUUUCUUAUCAUAAGUUUCUUCAUUAGGAGCACCAGGCUGAGGGUUUAGGAAUUGGCACUGCAUGGUAUCUGCACUCAGCAGUCCUUUCCUGCUGGUGUGUUCAAAAGACAGUGCAAUAGAAAUUCACUAUCUGGCAUCGUUGGUUUCUUGGCUUUGUGCAAGAUAAACCUGGUAUUUCUAAUGAUACAGUUAUUUUAUACUGGAUAUGGGUGCCCUGUGGAGGUCAGGGCAAGUUUGAUUGCAAUGUGGUUUCUAGGGAGUAAUUGGUCUAAGCUUGGUGGCAAGCAUUAUCAUCUGCUUGAUGAACUACUAACUCUUUUUAUUCUUAGGUGUCAAAACAAGUGAGGCCUGGCUUAAAAUGGUUCCUAAAAACUGGUUUGAAGAAGGCACCAGAAUUGUUUUGGUUAAAAACUCCCACAGGUUAAAAACUUUGAAUUAGUCAUGACUGUUCUGCCUCUGUAAUUCAAGGAGAAAAGAGAA